UUUCUGUUUAUGUUUCCGCUGGUAAACUGUUCUUAUAAGAACAAGCACAUAUUUUUAUACAUAUGGAAAGUAUUGACAUUUCAGCAGCGACUUCUUUAUUUAAAAUCAAACUGUCUGAACGCUCUGGACUUGUGCAAAAUGUAGAGGAAGCAGAAUGUCUCCUUAGAGAGUACGAGUUGGCAAGCACAACUAAUUUUUGUGGAAAUAAAGCAAAAAAAGGAUUUGGGAACACAGAUCUCACAAGUGCCAAUCACAAGGUUUGGUGGGAAGAUGGCCAGCUUCCAUUUGACCAUAUACCGUUCGUUCAAGUGAACCAUAGGGUCUACGAUUGUCGUCAUGGGGUAGAUAGGCAUUCAAGCCAAAAGAAGAAAAACAGAACGUCAAAUUCUAGCGACCACUCGUUUAAGAAGCACAGAAACAUGGUUCAAGGAACAAGAAAAUUGAACUGUUCAGCACAAGUUCACAUGAGAGAAUACAUCAGAUUUCCAGACUUUAGGAUUAAAGAGCAAACGGUUUGGCGACAAAAAUCGAUGUCGAAAAAACUUAGGGAAUGCUUACAAAAAGGUGGAAAUGCCAAUGGAGAAAGGUGGAUCCAUAUCCAGUUGCCUUGCCUAUCUGAGCACAAAACUCACCCUAUAGGAAGCGCUGGAGGUUUUCAUCAAGGAAUUGAUAAGAUGCUUGUCUCCAAGAUCCAAGAAUUGGUUGUUGCUGGGGCUUGCUCAGUUAAAGAAGUUAGGAGGCAUCUUAAAAUCUACGUGGAGCAAGACCUGUACAAAGCAACAAAGGCACCCGCUAAAACCAAUCGGAGAUUUUAUCCUUCCAAACAAACUAUACGCAGCCACAUUUACAAGGCAGUCAUCAAAGAAAGAUUUUCAAAAUUUGACCAAGAAAAUCUUCUAAAGAAAAUCGAAGACUGGAAACUGAGGUGUCCCGACGAGUCUUUCUUCUUUCGCCCGCUUGCUAAAUAUUCAGCAGAGUCUUUGAUUACUCAAGAAAAUAGUGUUGAUAACGAAGAAGACGACGAUGACGAUGAUGAUGACAACACAGUUUUGCCAGAGUCAAAAAAUGGAUUGUUAUUCAUUCACCAGACUGUUAAUCAGAAACGUCUUCUAAAGAGAUAUUAUAACGAACUUACCCUUCUAGAUGCCACUUACAAAACGACAAAAUACAGCCUCGCUUUGUUUUUUCUUGUUUUUUCUUGUUGGUUCUUUUGUCCUGCAAAAUACGUCGAAUUAAAUACGAAAUUGCAGAGCAAUUACAGGCAGUACAAUUCUAAUGUCCCGUCAUACCUUCACGAAAGACCACACUUUAUGAUUAGGCAUUGUAUGGAAAGACUUGCAUCGUCAGAAGAUACCCUUGCAUCACACAUCAUGGUUGUUGACGAAGUGCAUGGAAUUUUCAAAGUUCGUAGUCAAGACGACAUAUGCAAGUUUUAUACAUUGUCGUUUGGAAGUGAUCCAGGUGAUCUUCCAAGCUGUGAUUGUUAUGACUGGGAAAGACACAGGUUGCCAUGUAAGCACUUCUUUGCGAUUUUCAAGAACUUUCCACUUUGGUCAUUUGAUAAACUACCGAAGUCGUACACGGAAUCUCUAUUUUUAACAGUUGAUCGAAUAGGUUGCACGUCUGUAAUGGAAACAAAGCCAUUUGAGGUAAGCCAAUGUCACUCCGAUGAUUCUUCACAAACCGUCGAAGCACCAGAGGAAAACGAAAUCCACGUAACUAAGGACAAGAACAUUUUCCCCACCAUUGUAGCUGAGCUAAAACGAAAGCCAUCUUCACCUAAAACAGAAGCCGUAAGGUGCAGAGAACGGUUGGGACAAAUAAAGAAUUUAACUUAUGUUGCUGAGGGAUGGGGAAAUGGCAAUGUUUUGCAUGAAGAAAAUGAUUUAGUGUUGGAAGUCAAAAAUAGCAAGUGUUUAGUAAAUCCGUUUAAACCCAUCCCAAAACCGGCAAAGAAAAAUCCCUGGUCAGGUCGAAGUGGUGCAAAAGCAGCAACUUUAAAAAGAAGUUAUUCUUCAACAUUAACAGAAAUUGAAGGAAAGCAAGCAAAGAUUGGACGAAAUGAUUCAAAUAUUGUGACAGAUGAAAUAAACUCUUCCCAUUACAGACCUAUUGAGCCCUUGAACAAAGAGUCGGGUGAUAAAUUGGAAAAGAUCGUUCAGACCCCAAAGCGUGGAUUUUCUAAACUUAGUGACAUUGACAUGAACAUAAUCAUCACCAGAAAAGAGUUAACAGAUCACAUCAUUGGUGCUGCACAUAAUGUUUUGCAGAAACAAUUUCCUGUCGUACUUGGUUUAGAAAACACAACACUUGGCCCUGUCACCAAUUUUUCUGUACAUCAGGGUACUUUUUCCAGAUUCUCCACACAGGUACUCAUCACUGGGUAUUGGUUUCAAAUAUUGACUGUCAGCCUGCUUCAGUCAAUUUAUAUGACAGUUUGUACAAUGGAAGAGUCAGUUCUUUAA